AUGGACAUAGUCUACAACCGAGCUUCUGUUACAGGUGGCCUCAUCUCGACGCAGGUCACCAACCAAGCACAGCUUGAUGCUGUCUACAUGUUGACCAAUUUCCGGGCCGAGGAUGUGCGUGGAGGCAUGAGAUGGGUAGGCGACACACCUCCACCUGUCAUCAACCAGCAGAUAUUCAAUCACGUACUCGACUUCUUGGAGAUGGUGGGUAGGGAUCGCUGGUACACGCGUGCCUGGGUCGUUCAAGAGGCGCUCUGCGCAGGGACGAAGUUACUGAUUGCUCUCCGGCGAGGCCCCGUCGACGAACUUUCGAUUUCGAGCAAGGAAAUCCCGAGGUGGCUUUUCCCCCUCGGCAGUGCUCCACACCUGCUAGAUCACUGCAAGAUACGACAUGGCAGCUACAUUGGUCUCUCAAGAUACAACCACGGCCAUGACCUGCUCAGGACAGACGGUGUGCAUCUGCGGGCGUACCUUUGGACGGUUGAAGAAAGGUUGGAUUUCACUCCCAUUCAGCUCAAACAUGCCGAAACAUGGAACAGCCUGAAGUGUCUGAAGUUCAAUUUUGCAUACCUGAAGGACGACACCCACGAGGAUUUCCAAAGGCGACAGCGGCUGGUUACUGAGAAAUUUGCGAAGAACGACUUCCUCAUGCAACAAGUCCAGAACGUGCUCAAUACAGGCACUCGAGUCUUGCCAAGCAAUCUUCCCGGUUUGGAAAGUAUCUCUGACGAAGCUUUUACUAUCACAAACUUCGUGAAUUUCCAUCGCGUGGAAGGCAAUAUUCGGAUGCAGCGUGUACUUGCCGAUGUUAUUUUUGCGAUUCUCCGUUUUCUCUACCAUAAUAGGGAAAUAGAUCCUCGGGCUACGGGCCUCGCAAACAGCAUUUGGCAGUCGAUACGGGUUGAUACAGUUGAUGAAAACAGGGCAGACCUUCCUGACGAGGUUGGGGAAGUGUUAUUCAACCAUCCUGAUAUCGUUGCAAAUCCAUUCGCCACUCUUCAGCUGGACAAGACUCGCGACGACACAUAUAGUCAGAUAUGGUUCGUCGACCGCAUCAUGCGAGAUGGCCACCUCUGGAUUGGGCGCUACAACCGUGCCCCUUCCAUGAUGAGACGCAAACUGGGCUACAGAGGAAUUGAACGGAAAGCGGAUCUGCCGCAGGCCAAGAGUUCAACUUCAGGUACUUCCAAGGGGAAGAAAGCAGCCAUAGUUGAGGAGAAAAGUAUAUUUCCAGAAGACACCAUUCUGCGACGACAGUUGCGUCUCUGGAUGGCACGACUAUUUGUCGACCAAUCAUCAUUCUCGGAAAGCUUGGGAGAAUCUAGCCAUUCAGCCCAAAUCGAUACCAACUCCCUCGUCGGGUACAUGGACGUCGUAUCCCGUGGAAUCUGGCAACCUGAGGCCGAAGAGCGCCGAGUCGAAGGCCUCGUUUCUGCAUUCGAUGUCGACGGCCCGUCUCUUAUAAGCACUCUUUACGACGGAAACUGGGAAGUUCUGCCACGCCCAGAGAUUAGGAGUAUGAGCGUCUGCUGGGUGCUUGAAAGUGUGCAUUACAGGAAGGCGUCUACUGAAGAACAAGUCACUUCAGUAAGAGAAAUGGACCCUGAGGAUGCGAUGAAGACGAGUGAAAUGGAAGAGGAUACGGAUUGCGCGUACAAAGUCCUUGAUAAAGUCAAGGGCCUUUGGCAGCUCAUGGAUUACCCUCUCCAGCAGUAUACUUUUAUCUGA